ACCGUCCGCGGCGCGCAAACGUGCAAAGUUGUUGUGCGUGAAAUCAAAGCUGCAGAGACACAGUGAAGAUGUUUUACUGGAUGAAGAGGAGCAGCGGCGGCUCCGACACUCUGGACCGACUCGGCAACAUGUCGAAGGCGGAAAUCCUCCGAGGAAUCGUCACCGAGAAGCUGAGCACGGCCGCGCAGGAGAUCUUAGCGGUGGUGGAGAGGACCGUGGCCGGGUACGAGGAGGAGGCGUCGGGCUUCAGACGGGAGAUCGAGCGUCAGAAGAGGCAGCUGGAGCUCCUGCUGCAGCCCCGGGUCAAACUGGAGAGGAGAGAUCUGAACCCAGAUGGCGAGGACCAUGAGGUGGUUGUUUUGAGGGAGGAGAAAGAGGAGGAGGAGCAGCACACGCAGCGCUCAGCUGUGGAGGACACGGGGAGCCUGGGCCUCCUGUGGUUCGGUGAGGAAGAGGAUGGUGAUGGUGACGAUGGAGUUGAUGAAGAGCAGCAGCUGUCAGCAGCGAGCUCCAGACAGAGACGAGAAGAUCUGAAGGACCCGGAUUAUCAAAUAACAUCAAGGGUCAUUUCCCCCAGAGCUCGGUCUGACAGGAGGAAGCCCGGCAGACCUCGGCUCAGCGACACACAGAGCCAUCUGGACCUCAGGAUCUGCAUCCUGGAGGACUCUCAGACUGACGUGCUCUCGAAUACGGUGUUCAGGAAGUACCCGGUGCAGCAGUUCCGGUGUCCUCGGGGCCUGCAGGAGGCGGACUUCCUGGACCUGCUGAGGUCCACCUUCCCUCAGCUCGCCGAUCAGAAACCUUUCGAUGUCUUCACGUCCGACUGGAGUAAGAGACUUCAGCCUCUGAGAGCGAAGACGCUGACGCCUGAGGAGAUCUGUCGGAGCAUCAGGCUAACCGGGUCUGGAAACUCUGCCCUCUACAUCCGCCUGAAGACAGGAGAGGAUCCUCAGAGCAGCAGUGACAACCUUCAUCCUCUGCAGAGAACAGAUGAUCCUCCGUCCGUCUCCGCCACGACGUCUGCUGAUGAAACCGACACACGCACCAGGUUUUUCCAGGUUAUUCCUCCUCAGUCUGAGAAGAGGAAGCCCGGCAGACCUCGGCUCAGUGACAUACAGAGCCAUCUGGACCUCAGGAUCUGCAUCCUGGAGGACUCUCAGACUGACGUCCUCUCGAAUACGGUGUUCAGGAAGUACCCGGUGCAGCAGGUCCGGUGUCCUCGGGGCCUGCAGGAGGCGGACUUCCUGGACCUGCUGAGGUCCACCUUCCCUCAGCUCGCCGAUCAGAAACCUUUCGACGUCUUCACGUCCGACAGGAGUCGGAGACUUCAGCCUCUGAGAGCGAAGACGCUGACGCCUGAGGAGAUCUGUUGGAGUAUCAGGCUGAUGGGGUCUCGAAGAACUGCAAACUCCGCCCUCUACAUCCGCCUGAAGACAGGAGAGGAUCCUCAGAGCAGCAGUGACAACCUUCAUCCUCUGCAGAGAACAGAUGAUCCUCCGUCCGUCUCUGCCACGACGUCUGCUGAUGAAACUGACACACGCACCAGGUUAUCGUCUCCCAGAGUUCAGUCUGAGAGGAGAAAACGUGGCAGACCUCGCAUUGGCGAAGAACCGACUCACCACCUGCUCAGAGUCUGCAUGCUGGAGGACUCCCAGUCAGACUUGCUCUCAAACAAAGUGCUGAUGAAGUCCUCGGUGCAGGAGGUCCGGUGUCCUCGGGGCCUGCAGGAGGCGGACUUCCUGGACCUGCUGAGGUCUGCCAUCCCUCAGCUGGAGGGAGACGACAAACAGUUUGACGUCUUCAAGUCGGACAGCAGCAGGAGACUCCAUCGUGUGAAAGUGAAGACGAUGACGCCAGAGGAGAUCUUCAGGAACACCAAGUCCAGCUGCGCCGACAAGACGCUCCUCUACAUCCGACUGAAGACCGGAGAGGAGGAAGAGGAGGAGGAGGAGCUUCGCCUUGUGCAGAGAAACGAUGAGGUCACCAGUGAUUCUCCAUCCUCUGCCGCUGUGCUGAUCAGAAGUGACGGAGCCGACCUCAGUGCAAGCCCCGUUCAACACGUGGAGGGUAACGGAGCGGACGUCCUGUCCAGCAGCUCAGCGUCACAACAACAGAAGGUGGGAACAAAGGAAGCUGAUGAUGGAGACGCUGCUGAGAGUCAGGUGGAGUCCAGCGACGACGACAAAGAUGGAGAUGAGGCGUUAGACAAAGAUGACGACUGGAAACCGGACCCUGAGCUGGGGACGCCGAAGAUGAGGAGGAAGCGAGGAGCCAGAGCGUCAGGUGUGGAGGGGAGGUUGAUCGGCAGUGAUAAAAUCCCCUGUAAGGUGUGUGGCGUUUGGUACAGGAUACUGGGCAGCUUGAUCAAACACGCCUGGAGCCACCUGGAUGAGGCGCAGAGCAUCUGCGGCGUGUGCGGAGAGCGCUUUGAGUCCACGGAGGAGUUAAAGGGACAUCUGAAAAAAUAUCAGAAAACUCACGAGUGCUCGUACUGUAGGAAGUCUUUCUCCACCAUCACCGGCCUCAAGUGCCACACCACGCUGCACACAGGAAACAGACCGUUCAAAUGUGACGUGUGCAACAAAAGCUUCCCUCGCAUGUCCAGCCUGAGUAUCCACCGCUGGGUGCAUGUGGAGGAUAAACCGCACAAGUGUCACAUCUGCCCGAAGGCGUUUGGUCUGAAGGCGCAGCUGCGAGCUCACAUCAAGGUGCACACGGGGCGAGACAAGUACCACUGUAACCUCUGCAGCAAGUCUUUCUACGACCUGCGAUCUCUGACCCGUCACAAGGCCACGCACUCAGGAGAGAGGCGUUACAGCUGCGGCGUGUGCGGGAAGAGCUUCAAACUUCCUGGUACGUUAAAGUCGCACGAGAAGACGCACACGGAGAGAGAGCGGCCGUACCUCUGCCACAUCUGCUGCAAGACCUUCAUCUCAAACUGCAGCCUAACGGCUCACAUGAAGACGCACAGCAGCGAGCGGCCAUUCAUCUGCAUCAUCUGCAGCAAAGGCUUCAUAUCCAACGGCCGGCUAAAGGGGCACAUGCUCAUGCACACGGGCGAGGCGCCGUACGGCUGCUCGGAGUGCGGCCGCUUUUUUAAACACAAGAGUCACCUGAACAACCACGUGAGGAGCCACCUGGGCAUCAAACUGUUCGUCUGCACGGUCUGCGGGAAGGCGUGCUCUCGCCAAGAACACCUGACGGUCCACAUGAGGACACACAACGGGGAGAGACCGUACCAGUGCAGCGUCUGCGACAAAGCCUUCACUCAGAGCCACUGUCUGAAGACGCACAUGAAGAGCCACCAGGGCGAAGAGAACCCGUUCCUGAACGCAUCGUCAUCCUGAGAGACACGUUUGAUCACAGGUGGGACGGAGGUCGAUUUAAAGGGCAAACACUGACAUCAUGUCUGAGCAACUUUAAACUCAACCAAUCGGCAAUGCAAAAGUAUUUUCCAAUUUUUACAUUUUUAUGUAAUGUUUCACAUUUCAAAACUCUGUCUUCUUUUGUUAAAUGGAAAUUAAAAACAAAAAUGAAAAAGUAAAAGAAGGUAAAGCAGAGAAAAAUGUAUCGUCCUGUUGUUGGCACCACAAAAUGUCUGAGAAACGUUUUAAUAGAAAAAGAAACAACAAAAAAGUGCUUAAACAGUUAAUUGAUUAACUGACAGAUCGUUUAAUUGAUUUUUACACUGAAUUUAGAAAUCAUGUCGGUACCUGUAGUGAAGAACGUGUGAUAGAGUUACUGUGAAGAGACAAAAAAGAGCUGUUAAAACAAUCAGUCAGGUUCAAGAGCAGUUUUAAAAAUCAGUAAUUUUUUUGUGGUGCCAGAACUGAAAUUCACGUACUGUACCUGAUAAAUGAUAACCAGCCCCGAUUUCUUUUUAAUUUAAAAAAGGAAGAAAGAAAGAAGUUGCUCAAACAGUUAAUUAAUUACUUCAUCAAUAAUAAAAAAAAAGAUUGAAAAUAGACUAAAUAAUUGAUUAUUAGUUUUUGGUGUCAUUAUCAGUAUGUUACUGGCACAAGUAUUUAAAACAAAAUAGAUAGAAAGAUAAAAACAAAAAAAGUUUAAACAAUGAACCAAUUAGUCAACUUAAAAAAAAAAUUGAUUAUGUAUCUUGGUAUCUGUGCUGAAAAUUAGGAUCAUAUCACAUAUCAGUGUCAAAACAUGUCAGAUGAUACUCAUGCAUACAAACUUUUUAUUGUAUUUUUUUAUUAUUAUUUUAAAUAUUUUUAAAGAGAAAACAAAUCAUUCAAUCAGUAUAAAGUAAUUUAUCUUCAUUAUAAACAGUCGUAAUAAUUGAUUACUUGUUGUUGGUAACAUUAAAAUUCAGGCACGCUAUCUAUACUGAUCAUUAGGAAUCGUAUCAAUACUUGUAUCAGAUAUCGUCAAUGAUGCCCAGCCCUCUUUAUUUUUAAAGAAAACAAUAAUUGCUGGACCAGCUAAUUGCUAAUUAGUUGAUCAACAUUCAAUAACAACAAUCUGAAUGAUUGAUUAUUGAUUGUUUGUCUUUGUAUCUCUGAAAUUCAGUUAUUGUGAAAGCACAAGUGUUAAAAGAGAAAUAAUUUCUGAUACAAAUAAAAAACAAAAAAGUGCUGAAACAAUCGAUUUACAGAAAAUUAACAAAUUUUUGAUAAUAAUUAGUUUUAGUCGGCCGUCGUCUCUCCGGCUCUUUUUCCUGUUUUAAGCUGAAUAUAAAAUAUCGUCAUCAGACGAAUCGUCUGUUUCUGCGAUUAUAAAAAGAAAGAAAGGCUGAGUUCUGUUGAAUCAGCACUUUCCUCAAAUGUUUCUGAUCCGUCAGCGUUCACACUUUUAGUUAAACCAGUAAUGACACACGUUUGUGUGUGGAUCAGUUGUGUCGUACGUCAUGUUAAACUUCCUGCUCACAGCUCGUGUAACGUUCACUGCCACAAACAGAAAUCGUUAUUAAACUUCAUCACAUUUCAUUUAAAGUCAAUCUGAAACUGUACAGUCACAUUUCUGACAUUUUUACAUCACUUCCUGUCGUCAGUGCAAAUUAUAUUCAAUGUUUUUUUUUCUUGUUCACUGUUAAAUAAAGACAGUUUAAUGUUGCAUUCAGGGCAACUGGGAAACAGGAAGCUUCCUCAACCUGAGUAUUUUAAAUGUACUUAAUCAGCACUUGGGUACAUUUUGAAUGUGACAUCAGAAAAAAAAUCUGAAUUCCAUGUGGUCCUGAAUGCAGCAUAUGGUGCCUUAAAGUGCAUGUUUUUCUCGAGGUAUUAUUCAGCUAUUAACCGCGUAUGUCUUGGUUUAACUUUUUACUUCUGCAGCCAAAUGAAGCUCUUACAUCCUGCACUUCACUGUAAAAAAUAAAAAAGGUUUGCUGCUACAAACUGUAUGUGUGACCAAAAUAAACUUCCAUCUGUGUAAAACACGUCCGACAUUUAUAA